AUGGCAGAGGCUCCACCGGUGGAAAUUUCGCAGUAUACGCGAGACAAGGCAAGCCGCACUCGCAUUUCUAUUGAGUCAUAUUACGCUCAUCGGGUAACACAAUGCGCAGAAAGAGAGAAUCGAUUGAAAAAAUUGGAAGAGGACAUGAUCGCAAAAGGUUUGAGUGAUGAAGAGAAAGAAGAAAAGCGAAAAGUACAUAAUGCCAAGGAGACUGAUUACCUCAGACUUAAGCGAACAAGACUGACUGUUAAUGAUUUUGAAAGCUUGAAAGUCAUUGGACGUGGUGCUUUUGGAGAAGUUCGACUGGUUCAGAAGCUUGAUACGGGUCACAUUUACGCAAUGAAAAUUCUACGCAAAAGCGAGAUGGUUGAAAAAGAGCAGACGGCUCAUGUAAGAGCUGAACGCGAUAUAUUGUCAGAAGCUGAUUGCGACUGGGUUGUCAAAAUGUAUUAUUCAUUUCAAGAUUUCUCAAAUCUUUAUUUGGUUAUGGAAUUCCUUCCAGGAGGCGAUAUGAUGACUCUGCUUAUCAAAAAAGAUACAUUGACCGAAGAAGCUACUCAAUUCUACGUUGCCGAAGCUGCACUUGCCAUUCAGUUUAUUCAUAAUCUUGGAUUCAUUCAUCGUGAUAUUAAGCCUGAUAAUUUGCUUCUGGAUGCUAGAGGACAUGUCAAAUUGUCCGAUUUCGGGUUGUGUACGGGACUCAAGAAAUUCCACAGAACCGAUCACUAUAGAAAUUGGCCAUCGACGCUUCCGCCGGAUUUCAUUUCGAAGCCAUUCGAGUCGAGAAGAAAAGCGGAAACGUGGAAAAAGAAUAGAAGAGCUUAUGCCUAUUCCACUGUUGGAACUCCAGACUACAUCGCCCCAGAAGUUUUCCAACCGAAUGGUUACACAAAGAGCUGUGAUUGGUGGAGUCUCGGAGUUAUUAUGUAUGAAAUGCUCAUUGGAUAUCCUCCGUUCUGUUCCGAACAACCUCAAGAAACCUAUCGGAAAGUCAUAAAUUGGCAACAAACUUUGGUUUUCCCAUCAGAAGUUCCAAUAAGCAUAGAGGCGAAAGCAACGAUCAAACGUUUCUGCUGCGAAGCAGAACGCCGACUGGGUAAUCAUGGUGGACUUGACGAAAUCAAGCAGUGCCCGUUCUUCCGAAGAAUCGAUUGGAGCCAUAUUCGUGAAAGGCCAGCGCCAAUCCGAGUUGAAGUGAAAAGCAUUGAUGAUACUUCCAAUUUCGAUGAUUUCCCUGACGAAGAUCUGUCAUGGCCCGUUUCCACAAUGAUUCACCCCGAAGAACAACCAGGACGUCGUGGAGAGUUUGUGGACUUCACUUACAAGCGAUUCGAUGGCCUCACACAGAAAAUGAGAUACAGCGACUUUAAGAAAGAUAACAAAAAGUCGAAGAAUAAAGGGCAAGGCUCAUCAAACAACUAA